AUGAUUUCUCUUGCAGCUGUAUCAUUCAGCGUAAAUUGUGGUCCUGGUUGGGAAGAACGUCCUUUAUCGCAGUAUUGCUAUUCAUUUCAUCAAGAUCAGCUAUCAUGGUUGGAUGCAAGAGAAGUUUGUAAAAAUAUGGGUGGUGACCUUGCUAGUGUUCAUAGUGACGACGAGGAAACCUAUAUUAAGGCUAGAAUAUCCCCGUUUAAUUGCAUCGCAGUAUGGUUAGGAGGAAACGAUAAUCAUCAGGAAGGUGGAUGGCAAUGGUCAGAUGGCAGCCCAUUUAAUAAAGUAAACUGGGUGCCAGGAGCUCCAAGCGACAAAACUCACAGUGAAAACUGCAUCAAUGUUUAUGUUAGUCAGAAGAAUGGAUGGAAUGACUGGACAUGUAACGCUAGAAAUGGUUUCGUCUGUAAAAAGUCAUAUGGUUCUAUCACAACACCUACACCACGUCCUACUCCAAGAGUUCCAGCUGGAAAGUAUUUAGGAUGUCCACCUUUCUGGAAGCAACACGGACGAUCUUGUUGGCUUUUUGUGAAAAAGAAUAUAACUGCAGAUGCGGCAAGAACUGAUUGCAUGAGACGGGGAGGAUACCUAGCAACUGUAAACAGCCAAGAUGAACAAAACUUCCUUGUCGCAAACAUGCCCAGGCCUUUCAAUACGUCCAUAUACUUCAAAGGAGGUAGUAUUUGGAUCGGUAUUAGUGAUAGGAUUGUUGAGAACUCUUUUGUUUGGGAUGAUGGUACACCAAUAAUGUACACAAACUGGGAGGCUGGUGAACCAAACAAUUGGAUGAAAUUAAACGAAGAUUGUGGUGCCGUUUGGUUAGAACAUGGUGGUUGGCUAGAUAUGACGUGUAAUACACCAGGACAGGGUUAUGUUUGUAAGAAAGCUGUCAAAGUAGUAGAUACCACUGGUCAAAGUCCGUUUCUGCAAGGUUGUUCUUAUCCUUCAAGAGGUAUAGGUUACGGAGCAUCAUGCUACGCUUUCAGAGAUUCACGUUUUGACCAACCAAGAACGUGGCAAGCAGCUCAAGACUCAUGCAAGAAACAGUUUGGUGGCAAUUUGGCAACCGUUAAUGAUCGGUUUGUACAGGCAUUUCUUGCAAGUUUCUUAGACACCAGGAAAGACUUGUUCUGGGUCGGUCUUAGUGAUUUACAAACAGCAAAUACAUAUAGAUGGAUUCAAGGACAGAAUGUGGCUUUCACCUUUUGGUCUAAUUUGCAUACAGGGAAUGAAAGAGGUACGUGUACUGCCAUGAGAACAACUCAUCCUAUAGGAGCAUGGGAGAGUAGACCUUGUUCGGAAAUUCACAACUACAUUUGCGAAUCAUCAAGAACUGGGUUCACUAGACCUCCAACAACACUUGCAUCAAUAACUUCAUGUCCUACAGGAUGGACUGCAUUUCAAAACUGGUGCUAUAAGGUUUAUGACACCGAAAAAAACUGGCUGAUUGCGAGAGAAUAUUGUGUUAAUAUUGGUGCUGAUUUACUGAGCAUUCACAGUGAGCAAGAAGCUGUUUUCGUCAGAGACAUCUUGUCAGGGUCAAACAGGCACUCGUUUUGGAUAGGUUUGAACGAUUUUGUUAAGAAAUCAUCAUUUAGAUGGAGCGAUAAUUCAGCUUUUGAUUUUUCGAAGUGGAGUCCUAAUGAACCAAACAAUUAUAAUGGCAAAGAAGACUGUGUCCAAAUAUCUAAUAAAUACAGAUGGAAUGAUCUUCCUUGCUUUUCACAAUUGCAGUUCAUCUGCAAAAUAAAUAAAGGUUCUCAUUUAAAGAACACAUUUAAACCACAAAAACCAGUUACUGCAUCAGCAAGUCUGUGUGGUUCUGGAAAUUGGUACAGUUUCAAAGGAUAUUGUUACAUGUCAGCUCCUCUCUAUGGAAGGGACUCAGCAAAAACAUGGUAUGAUGCUCAGAACUAUUGUAAUGCAAAUAGUGGAGGACUUGCUGACAUACAUUCAAAAGCCGAAAACGAUUUUGUGUUUAGUUUGGUUCGAGUAGGAUUUCAAGAACAAACCUGGUUAGGUUUGAAUGAACUACAACAGCCAGGAAAAUAUGAAUGGAGUGCUGGUCGGAAUGUCCUUGACUAUAUUAAUUGGGCUUCUCACGAACCCAACAAUGCAUUUGGAGGAGAAAGAUGUGUUAUAAUCGAAGCAGUAAAUGGAUACUGGAAAGAUGUUAACUGCAAUAACAGAAAUGGAUUUGUUUGUAAGAAGCCGUACCAUGGGACAGGAACAGUUACUCCAAAACAUCCUGUGCCAAUCAAAGGUGGAUGCUCUAACGCAGCAUUUGUCCCUUCACCUUACGGCAAUAAAUGCUUCUACGUCAGCAAAAGUUUACCACUAAAAACAUGGGACCAAGCACUACAAUACUGUGUCAGCUUUGGGGCUGGAUUUCAACUUGCUGCCAUCAGCAAUGACGUCGAGCAAGCUUUUUUAACCUCACUAGUGGAAGGACUUACAGAAAAUGUUUGGAUAGGAUUCAAUAGUAGAAAAGAAUUCAGACAUUUCAUUUGGCAAGACAAUUCUCAAGCAACUUACACCAACUGGAAUGGAGGUGAACCAAACGGUGAUUGGAGGUUUCGUAAUGAUCCAUCUAAAGGGGAAAAUUGUGUAGAAAUGUAUGUGAAAGGUAGCACUGCUGGAACUUGGAACGACAAGCCAUGUAUGACUCUUAGGAAUGUAAUAUGUGAAUCAAGAAAAGUUGCCGGGCAGCAAACUCCAAUACUUCAAGGUAACUGCAAAACGGGAUUUGUUUCUCGUGGCACAAGCUGUUAUAAGUUUGUCAAAACCCCAGGCCAAACAUGGCAAAAUGCUGCAAGCACAUGCAUAACGGAAGGUGGAGUACUGGUAUCUGUUAAUUCUGUUUAUGAGAACUCUUACAUUGAAUCUAAGAUGGGACCAGAUGUAGACUAUUGGAUUGGACUCAGCAAAAACAAGAAUACUUUUUCAUGGCAAAGAAGUUGGCCAAUACUAUUCACAAAUUGGGGCUUCGGGGAACCGAGUAAUGCACCAACUGAUACAUGUGUAAAAUCUAAAAAUGGUCUAUGGAAUGCUUCAGAUUGUACUACUAGCACAGGCUACGUCUGUGAAAUCAACUCUGCUCAACCUCCCCUCACAACACCAGCCCCUCAAGGACAUUGUCGUCAUAACGAUGACAUAUUGUGGGGAGAUUUUUGCUACUACUUCAGUCCGUUUAACUACAAAUCCUGGCCGAGUUCAAGAUAUAUAUGCACAACACGUAUCAUGGAUCUGGUCAGCAUAACGUCAGCAGAAGAAUUAAAUUUUGUAUGGAAUGUUAUGCUGAAUUUUAGGAAUCGGCAGAACCACCAUUCAGAAAAAAAUAUGUGGAUUGGAUUGAACAAAGGGUUAAGCAGUGGAUUUCAAUGGGUAGAUAACAGUGCAUUUAGCUUUAGUAAUUGGCUUCCUGGUGAACCAUCAGAUCCCAUGAAUGCUACCAAUGACGAAUGUGUAGAAAUGUUAAGGUCGGAUGGAAAGUGGAAUGAUUUACCUUGCACAAUUUCAUUAGCAUUCGUCUGCAAAGGAAAGGCUGUUUUAGAUUCAUCAUUCAUAACGUUAGUACCAACUCAAUCUCCAUUAAUUCCAGGAAGUGUAUUACCUGUUACUGAUAAACAAGGAGGAUCUGAUACGCAGGCACCAGUAAAACAGAGUGGCACCAAAAAUAAGAAUACAAGUGGUUUAUCCAGUGGAGGAAUUGCUGCAAUUGUUAUUGUAGUGUUACUAUUAGUGGUUGGUGGUGUAGUGUUCGGUAUUAUAUAUUGGAAGAAAGGAAAUCUAAUCACGUUUAUGAGAAACAGAAGUGAUGGACAGGUCAACAAGUUAUACGACCAACAAGAAGACAAUUUUCAAAAAGCUGUCGACAAUGAAGAUGAUGUUAAUACUUAAAUACAUUUUAAUGAGAUAUUCCAAAUAUCAAAGGAAGCAUUGUUAAUAAAUUCUUUUUUUUUCUUAUAAAAGAAAUUAUAUGAUUGAUUCUCAGUACCGUCUAUAAUAGACUUGGG